UACUCCCGCGCCAUGCUCUUUGGCACCUUUUCCCUCUUAGUCGCCGCACUCAUCUUUCCCCCAUUGACCUGGCACUUCCGGAAUCGCAACGUCGGUGCCACCGUCCUCGUCGCCUGUGCAUUCUAUGCCAAUCUCAUCUCCUUUGUCAAUGCUAUGAUCUGGCACAAUGACGAUCCCACCACCUGGUUCUCCGGCACCGGCUUGUGCGAUGUUGAGGUCAAGCUGCAAUCCUACACCAUGGCCGCCCUCCCCGCCGCCAUUAGCUGCAUCUUGCGAGCUCUGGCCCGAGUCAUGGAUACCGAACGAUCGACCUGGGGCAUGACCAAGACGCAGAAACGAAGAGGAUAUGCCAUCGAUCUCAUCUGCUGCGUCGCCCUUCCACUGCUCCAGAUGCCCGGCAGCUGGAUCGUACAGCCCUUUCGCUACUACGUCUUUGGCAUCACUGGCUGUCAUCCGGCCUUGUCCAUUAGCUGGCCCAUGCUCCUGCUCGUCAUGCUCCAACCACUUCUCUGGACCCUUUUGGCCGUCUACUACAGUGUACUGGUCGUGACCCGCCUGAUCAGAUACCGUCUGCAGUUUCACUCCAUCCUGGCCAAUAAUCAGACCACCAAAUCCCGCUUCCUUCGCCUCUACAUUCUGUGCGCCAUCUGUGCAUUCGGCUACCUGCCAUUACACAUUUACCUCAUCUACACCACCAUUGCCCAAGGAUUCGGCCCAUUCAGCUGGAAGGAGGUCCACCAUCCAACCGCAUACGACUGGAGUGCCAUGGUCGCUGCACCGACGCACGGUCAGAUCACCUAUGACGGCUUCGUGUGGCUGGCGGGAGGCGUCGUCAUCUUCCUGAUCUUUGGACUCGGCAAAGAUGCAGUGCGCAUGUACCGGGAUGGGCUCCUGGCAUGUGGCGCAGGAAGGAUAUGGCCCGGGCUGAGGCACGGCAGUCCACGAACAAGUGCCGCCGCCUCGACCAUGACUUCGAUGAGCAGUCGAGCUCGCAUGCUCUUCAGCAAGCGCAAAAACAGCGUAGCCACUACAUCCUCGGGCACGAUGGACAGCUUUGACAGCACCACA